AUGUCGCAACAACCAAUCAAUAUCAGCGAUGCUGAUCUGAGACUCCUUCUGGCUUGUCUGGCGGCCGCAGUGCAACCAGCGCUGGUGAUUGAUUACCAGCGGCUGCAGGCCAACAACUACCCUGGGGUGGAGGCAACGGCCUUGCAUGCGAGAGUUUCUCGCAUGGCGCGGCCGCUCGGCCUCACGAUUAGGGGAGAUGGGAGGGAGAGAGUGGGAGUGAAGAGGAAGAGGGGAGGGAAGGGGAAAGGGGCCAAGAAGGCCGGAGAGGAGAAGAGGGCGGUGGAAGAGGAAGAGGAGGACGAUGACGAUGACAAGAGAGAGGGCGGCGAUGAUGCCGAUCCCACCACCACCACCACCACCAAAAAGCCUCGCUUGGACGAGGACGAGGACGACGUGACGGGCGGCAGCGGUGCAGCUGCUGCAGCAGCAACAGCAACAGUUUCGGCUACUGCAUGA